UAGAGGGGCAAAAUGAGCGAAUAACAUUUUGAGCUUUUCCAUUUUAAUUAGUUGGACUGGAUGCUUUCCAGAUUCCAGUUGAACUCAACCAACAGAAAUCAAACUAUUCUUCAUUUUGCCAUGUUCCGUCGUCUGUGCGGAAACUGCGGCGAAGACUGACUGCGGAGGAAACUGCUAGCACAUCUUCUCUGCUAGCCGGCAGAGCUAACCGAUCUGUCGUCCGACCUGUCGGACGGAGUGGAGCCGCAUCAUGUCGGUGAACUUCGACGAGAAGAGCGGCGUCGUCCCCUGCAAGACCGACUGGGGCUCCUGGUACCAGACCAUGGAGGAGGUGUUUAUCGAGGUCCAUGUGCCGAAGGGGACCACGGCCAAAGAGGUCAAGUGCCGCCUGGGGUCCAGAGACAUCGAGCUGCAAGUGAAAGGACAGGAAAUAUUCAAGGGAAAGUUGUUUGACAUAACCGUGUCUGAUGAGGCAACAUGGACACUUGAGGACAGGUGUCUCAUCCGCAUCAUUCUGAUGAAGACCAACAGACAGGCGGGGAACUGCUGGUCCUCUCUGCUGGAGGGGGAGUUCUGUGCAAACGCCCUGGUUCAGGACCAGAUGCAGAGGAAGCUCACACUGGAGAGGUUCCAGCGGGAGAAUCCCGGAUUCGACUUCAGCGGUGCAGAGAUCUCUGGGAAUUUUGCUGGCGGUGGUCCUGAUUUUUCCAGUUUACAGAAGUGACCCUCACUAUGAUGUCAAAAACAUUUCACACUUAACACUACAGGACAUCUAUGACAGUUGAUCCAUCAGACUGUCUGCUACAGGAAGCUGGAAUUUUUGCUUUUAGAAGAACUCACAUCAAGCUGUCAACAGGACAAUUGUUUGCAAAAUAAGGUUUUCCUUCAUUUCUUCUGCCUCUUUCAUAACAGAAUAUUUUUUUGUGUGUAUGGGUUAAGACAGCUGAUUGAUAUGUUGGAUCUGUUUGUAAAAAGCCUUUGAGAAUGAUAAACUUUCAAUGAAGAAACAAAAAAGUAAUAGCUUU